AUGAAUUGCAGACAGUUCUUGUCCUCCCACUGCAGCCGUGACAGCUCUGGGGGUGGUGGGGGCAGCAAGAUGUUCUCCUGCAACCGCAGCAGCUUUUCAGGGGCUAGUGGAGGAGGGGGCCGAUUCAGCUCUUCUAGGAGCUUCGGAGGGGGCAGCUCUGGGGCCUGUGGGAGGGGAGGUGGUGGCAGUUUUGGCUCUAGCUACGGUGGAGGAUCUGGGGGCGGUUUUAGUGCUGGUAGCUUUGGGGGACAUUCUAGGGGCUUCAGUGGUGGUUCUGGAGGAGGCUUUGGCGGUGGAUUUGGAGGAGGCUUUGGGGGCUUUAGUGGUGGUUCUGGAGGAGGCUUUGGGGGGCCUGGGGGAUUUGGCAGUGGCUUUGAUAGUGGUGCUGGUGGUAUUCUGGGUGCUGAUGAGAAGACCACCAUGCAGGACCUCAAUUCCCGGCUGGCCUCCUACUUGGAUAAGGUGCAGGCACUGGAGGAUGCCAACAAGGAACUGGAGAGUAAGAUCCGGGAGUGGUAUGACAAGCAGGGGUCUAGGACCUUCCAUAGGGAUUACUCCCCCUACUAUGACACUAUUGAAGACCUCAAGAACCAGAUUGUGAACAUCACAGCGGACAACAAUAAGACCCUCCUGGAUCUUGACAACACUCGAAUGACAUUGGAUGACAUCAGGAUGAAGUGUGAUAUAGAGAACAACUUGCGACUAGCAGUGAAUGCUGACAUCAAUGGCUUGCGGAAGGUGCUGGAUGACCUGACCAUGCAAAAGUCUGACCUGGAGAUGCACUAUGAGUCUCUGCAGGAGGAACUGAUUGCCCUCAAGAAGAAUCACGAGGAUGAGAUGAGCCAGCUGACUGGACAGAACUCUGGAGAUGUCAAUGUGGAGAUGAAUGCUGCUCCUGGCAGAGAUCUCACCAAGAUCCUCAAUGACAUGCGUGAGGAGUAUGAGCGAAUCAGUGCUAAGAAUCGUAAGGACAUUGAGGAGCAAUAUGAGACUCAGAUGAGCCAAAUGGAGCAGGAAGUGAUGAGUAGUGGCCAGGAGAUGGAGUCCAACCACAAGGAGGUGACCCAGCUCCGGCACAGCAUCCAGGAGAUGGAGAUUGAGCUGCAGUCUCAGCUCAGCAAGAAAUCGGCCUUGGAGAAGUCCUUGGAGGACACCAAGAACCACUACUGUGGCCAGCUGCAGCAGUUGCAGGAGCAGAUCAGGAGCCUGGAGGGCCAGAUCACUGAGAUCCGGGGAGAAAUUGAGUGCCAGAAUCAGGAAUAUAGCCUUCUGCUCAACAUCAAGACACGGCUGGAGCAGGAAAUUAAGACCUACCGCAGUCUCCUUGAGGGUGGCCAGGAGGACUUCGAAUCUCAUGAAUCUGGACAAAGUCAUUUUGGAAGUGGCGGAAGUAGACAGCAAGGUGGAAUUGGAGGCAGUCAUGGAAGAGGAUCCAGGGGAGGAAGUGGUGGCAGCUAUGGCAGGGGAGGAAGUGGAGGCAGCUAUGGAGGAGGAAGUGGAUCUGGAGGAGGAAGUAGUGGCAGCUAUGGUGGAGGAAGUAGUUCUGGAGGAGGGAGUGGAGGCAGCCAUGGAGGAGGAAGUGGUGGCAGCUAUGGUGGAGGAAGUAGUUCUGGAGGAGGAAGUGGAGGCAGGGGAGGAAGUGGAGGCAGCUAUGGAGGAGGAAGUGGUUCUGGAGGAGGAAGAGGUGGCAGCUAUGGAGGAGGAAGUGGUUCUGGAGGAGGAAGAGGUGGUGGCUGUGAAGAAGGAAGUGGAUCUGGAGGAAGAAGUGGUGGCAGCUAUGGAGGAGGAAGUGGAUCUGGAGGAAGAAGUGGUGGCAGCUAUGGAGGAGGAAGUGGAUCUGGAGGAGGAAGUGGUGGCAGCUACGGAGGAGGAAGUGGAUCAAAAGGUGGAAGUGGAAGAUCAUCUCAGGUCCAGUCCUCUUCCUCCAAAUCUGGUGAAUGUGAUGAUACACAAGGCUACCACAUUCAAUACUAGAGCUCCUGUAAACUCUCCUGGCCCUGCCCCAGCCAAGUAUUCUCCAGACAGGCAGCCCCCAGAUGAAGCCUGCUCAUUGUCUUCUGGCAUCAGAAAUAGCUGGCCACAAGGCCCAGAGCUCAUGUGGAACUGGGCUGAGUGGGCAUGUGUACCUCUGGCCGCCCAUGGGCUCCCUCCCUUGGGAGGGUUGGGGAGAUCUCUCUUAAACUGUUUGGUCUGGGGUUGACCCCAUUCCCUGCCCCAUC